GCGCCGCCGUCGGGUUUGGCUGGAGCAGAGAGGGCGCUUGAGGAGAACCGAUCGGCGGCGGGGCGAAUUGGCGGAGUCGAAGCGCUGCCCACUUCCUCCGCCGCGCCGCGCCUCCUGGCCCUCGCGGGCCGCCGCUCCCCCCGCGUCUCCCGCCACGCGACCCGGCCCCGUCGGAAAGGGCCCUCUCCCCCCCUCCCACCAUGGCUCCUCAGAAGCACGGCGGCGGAGGAGGCGGCGGCGCGGGGCCCAGCUCGGCUGCUCCUAGCGGAGGGGGAGGCGCCGUCGCGGCCACCGCCACGGGCGGCGGUGGCAGUGGCGGCGGGUUCGGCGGCGGCGGCGGCUCGACCUCGGCCGCCGCGCCGGGCGGCAAGUCCGGCGGCGCCGUGGGAGGCCUCGGCAGCGGCUACUCGGGGAGCGGCUGCGGCUCCUCGGCGUCGUCGGCAGCGGCCUCCUCGGCUGCGGCCCUCCCGCCGGUGAAGAAGCCGAAGAUGGAGCAGAUCCAGGCCGACCACGAGCUCUUUCUGCAGGCCUUCGAGAAACCAACACAAAUAUAUAGAUUUCUACGCACCCGCAAUCUCAUAGCUCCAAUAUUCUUGCACAGAACUCUCACGUAUAUGUCCCACAGAAACUCUCGAACAAAUAUCAAAAGGAAAACAUUCAGAGUAGACGGGAUGCUGACGAAAGUAGAGAGAAAACAGGGAGAACACGACUUGCAAAGCUUGUCUGCUCAUCUACAACUCACCUUUACUGGUUUCUUCCAUAAAAAUGAUAAGCCAUUGCAAAACUCAGAAAAUGAACAAAGUUCUGUAACUCUGGAAGUACUGCUUAUAAAGGUUUGCCACAAGAAACGAAAGGAUGUUAGUUGUCCAGUAAGGCAAGUACCUACUGGUAAAAAGCAGGUGCCCUUGAAUCCAGACCUCAACCAAAUGAAACCAGGCAGCUUUCCAUCGCUAGCAGUUUCCAGCAACGAAUUUGAACCCAGUAACAGCCAUAUGGUGAAGUCUUACUCACUAUUAUUCAGAGUAACGCGUCCAGGAAGAAGAGAAUUUAAUGGGAUGAUAAAUGGUGAAACUAAUGAAAACAUUGAUGUUAACGAGGAGCUUCCAGCUAGAAGAAAACGCAAUUCUUCCAACCGUGAAGAUGAGGAGAAGACUUUUGUAGCACAAAUGACUGUAUUUGAUAAAAACAGACGACUGCAGCUUCUUGAUGGGGAAUAUGAAGUAGCCAUGCAAGAAAUGGAAGAGUGCCCAGUCAGCAAGAAAAGAGCAACAUGGGAGACAAUACUGGAUGGGAAGAGGUUACCUCCAUUUGAAACAUUUUCUCAGGGACCCACACUUCAGUUUACCCUACGAUGGUCAGGAGAGGCAAAUGACAAACCGACAACUCCUACUGCGAAGCCGCUUUCAACACGGAAUUCGGAGAGCUUCCCUCAAGAAAACAAGCCCAGCUCUGUGAAACCUACACAGACUAUAGCUGUAAAAGAAUCUUUGCCGCCAGACCUGCAGGCAAGAAAAGAAAGGGAUGUUUCAAAUGAGCCUCGACAGAAACUGAGAAUAUUCUAUCAGUUCCUGUAUAACAACAAUACAAGGCAGCAGACUGAAGCUAGAGAUGACUUGCAUUGCCCCUGGUGCACACUGAACUGCCGUAAACUUUACAGUUUACUCAAACAUCUCAAGCUUUGUCAUAGCCGGUUUAUUUUCAAUUACGUGUAUCAUCCCAAAGGUGCUAGGAUAGAUGUUUCCAUCAAUGAGUGUUAUGAUGGCUCAUAUGCAGGAAAUCCUCAGGAUAUUCAUCGCCAGCCUGGGUUUGCAUUCAGUCGUAAUGGGCCAGUCAAGCGAACACCAAUUACGCACAUUCUUGUAUGCAGACCAAAGCGUACAAAAGCUAGCAUGUCCGAAUUCCUUGAAUCUGAAGAUGGAGAAGUGGAACAGCAAAGAACAUACAGCAGUGGACACAAUCGGUUAUACUUCCACAGUGAUACAUGCUUACCUCUCCGUCCACAAGAAAUGGAAGUUGACAGUGAAGAUGAAAAGGACCCUGAGUGGCUAAGGGAGAAAACUAUCACGCAAAUUGAAGAGUUUUCAGAUGUGAAUGAAGGAGAAAAAGAAGUGAUGAAAUUAUGGAAUCUACACGUUAUGAAGCACGGGUUUAUUGCAGACAAUCAAAUGAAUCAUGCCUGUAUGCUGUUUGUUGAAAAUUAUGGACACAAAAUAAUUAAGAAGAACUUGUGUCGAAACUUCAUGCUUCACCUGGUCAGCAUGCAUGACUUUAACCUUAUAAGCAUAAUGUCCAUAGACAAAGCUGUUACUAAGCUUCGAGAAAUGCAGCAGAAAGUAGAAAAAGGAGAGUCUGCUGCUACCACAACAACGGAGGAGAUUUCUGAAGAACAAACUGGAAUAACCAAUGGCUGCAGUGAAACUAACACUCGGGAAAGAUCCUCAGAAAUGGAUGCUAUCUCAUGUAUGGCAAAACAGAAUAGAAAACAGAAGAUCUGAAAAGUAGAGCAAAGGGGCAUUCAAUGCACAAACAAUGAAGUGACAUUUUAAGAUGCAUGAACUCUUAUAAGGAAUUUAAUAUGACACACAGGCUCCUAACAGGCACUGCUGGAAACAGGAUUUCAACAAUAUGGUUCCUUUUGAGUUGAUUAUGCAAGUACUACAUGUAUAUCAGUUCUAGUGGUGUAAUGACAAUACUCAAAGUUUGAGCAUGAAGAGCAAUACAAUUUUUGGGAAUUUUAAUUAUGAACUGUACUGAAUUUACAUAACUUGAGUAUAUGUAAACCAGUUUUUAUAUAAAGAUUUUUUUUUAAUUAUUUUUUUUGCAUCUGUACUGGCUGUCUUUCCUACCAUGGAGUUGAAAAUUAGGGAAAGAGAUUCGGACAGUUUAUGCUUUGUACUUAGAAAUUCCUUAGGUUAACUUUUUUUUGUGGCAAAUAACACACCAUUUAAAGUUUACCUUGAUCUUAUAGGUGUCAAACUACAGAUUGCAAAUUUCUAAACACUUUUUAAACAUUCAGCUGUAACAUAGCACUUCUUUGUCUCAAACCUUUUUUGGAAAAAAAACCAACAACCUCUGCUUUUCUCAUUACAAACACAGGGGAAGUACCAUAUUAAUUCUGUCAGUAGUCCGAACGAAUCUGCAGAUAACAAGGUGUACUAGAUCAAAGCUUUAACCUAAUCAAGCAUAACUGUUGAGAGUUGUUUACUAGAAUGCUUUGUUUAACACCUAGAGAUGGCUUCUCGGCCUUUUGGCUAAGAGAUCAAGUGUUAACACCUGGAGUCCAUGGUAGGCAGUGCCUGGAUAUGUACCUAUUUUGCCUAUAUACAGACUGUAAGAUCGAAGCAUGGCGUUAAAAGAGAAUUUUUGGUUGCUAGUUUUGAAGGGGAAAUGCACUGUAAAAUUAGGCCAGAAAAUGUGUUGCACUUCUUAUGCAAGUACUCUGUGAUGUAUUGCAUUCAAUACAGAUGCUAACCUGUGCAGUCUUGCACUGCUAACACAUUUUAUGCACAUGUUUACAGAUUUUCUUUUUUCCAAUGGAAAGUAGCUUCACUACUGGUACAGUAUCAGCUUCAAGGGUUUAUUCCAGCAAGCACUGUAGUUGAGUGGCAUUGCCUCAUUUUUUAAAAAAUUCUUGAAUAGUUCAUUUUUUCAUAUUCUUUAUUUAUAAAGGAUUGAUUAUGUAAAUACAGGUGUUUCUAAUUUUUUAUUUCAUUCCACCACCACAAGAAGGCAGAUCCCUGUUGGUUUUUGUUUUUUGUUUGGGGUGGGGGUGGGGGUAAGCUUUGUAAUGGGUUUUUUUCCAGAAAUUUAUAAAACUGUAAAUACUGACUUUGGUCCCUAAAGAUGUGUUUAACUGUGAGACUAUUUAACUAAUGGUGUGGAUGUGAUUUGUCAUCCAGUAUUAAGUUCUUGGUCACAGAUUUGUGUCGGUAGGAAAGAGGGGGAGACUGCAGCUUUCUUUAGACUUCUCGAAUUUCCUGCUCUUGAGUUGUAGCAAACUCUUAUUACACCUUUGAAUAGCCGGUCAAGCAUUUCUCUUGGGCUUUAAUUUGCUAAAGCUGUGCACAUAUGUAAAAAAAUAUAUUUUAGGAGAGACGUAGUUGUAGAACUAUUGCUUAUGUCACUUCUUAAGCAGCUGCGCUCUUAAUGCUUAAAAGGAGGCUAGCAUUGUUUGCACAAAAAAGUUGGUGACCCCUCCCAAAAUAGUAAUGAAAUUACUUAUGUCCAAUAAACUUUGUAUGUCAUGUCAAUUUAUAAUAAAAGCUGAGAAUCCCUUUGUUUCUAUUUAUAAUAAAGAUGGAUUUUCUAUAUGUACCCUUAAUGAGACUUUCAAUAAAUCAUGUAAACUGGGUGAACAUUUGAAUGGUACAGUAGAUAUAAAGAAGUGUUUAAUGGACCUUUUUGUUUUUACAUUAAAUGUUUAUUUGAAAUUGGAUUUUGUACAUAAAGUUCAAUAAUAUAAAAUCUU